AUGUCAGAACAUACCACCCCUUUUGGCAAAACCUGGUUCGACUGUGCCACCACUGGUGACUGUGUUGAGUGCGUUGACGCCAACACCAAAAGCCAAAUAAUCGUACCGAUCGAGGAUAUACUCUGUAUAAUCCCCAACAACCGCAGACAUGCAUACGGGUACACAAUGUUGUUCAUUCGAAAAGAUGACUGUUUCCCCAACCCUACAUUCAACCUUGAAGGAGUACUUCUUAGAUCCCCACCGUCUACACUGCUAUCUGGUCGAUUAAUCUCAGAUAUACCGAGCCACCUCGAUCAUUCAAGGAACAGAAAUCUCAGGUUGCAUGUCGUCAUUUCCACGGCCUCUGGAACGGGCACGGCGAACUUAUACUUCAACCACACAUUACAACAACUCUUCGACUGGAUUGGGGUCGAACAGUACGAAGUCCAUGAGACAAAGUCACCUCAGACCAUAACUGAAUUGUGUCAUUCAUUGUUCAUCCCGCAGGCUGAAGCGGGUGCCCCACAGACCAUCAUUCUUCUCUCCGGAGACGGCGGAAUUUGUGAUAUUAUUGAUUCAUUUUACGGUACCAAAAAAAGCAUCUGUACUAUGCCGAGCAUAGUACUCAUCCCAGAAGGAACCGGAAAUGCGCUGGCAAGUUCCAUAGGACUGUUGGCUCACCCCAAAGCUCCACUGACUGCAUUACUCCGCGGGAAGCCCUAUCCUCUUCCUGUUUUUGUUUCUACCUUCUCGGAUGGUGCGAAAUACGUCCAAGAUGACCCAGCCCAGUCUCCAUCAAUCGAUGAACACCCCUCCCUAACGAUAUAUGGCGGUAUCGUUGCAAGCUGGGGCGUCCAUGCCUCGCUAGUUGCAGAUAGCGACACUGUCGAAUAUCGCAAAUUUGGUGCAGACAGAUUCAAAAUGGCUGCAGAAAAGCUCCUUUUCCCACCAGAUGGCAGCGAGACCCACGAGUACUCCGGGACGAUUACGCUGAUUCGGAAAGCUGACCAACACAAUAUUGACCAUGAAGAGACUCUAGAGCACAAGAAACACAUGUAUGUGCUUGCAACGUUAGUAUCAAACCUAGAGAAGGGUUUUAUGAUAUCCCCGGAGUCUGCUGCCCUAGAUGGCUCUCUAAGAAUGCUCCGCUUCGGACCAAUGGAACCCCAGCAGGCAAUGGCCCUGCUAUCUGCGGCAUAUCGGAACGGCCAACACGUUCAGUAUGACGAAGUCAUGUACUCCGAAAUCGAAGAAUUCAAAAUCGACUUCCAUGAGGCAGAAAAGAGGUGGAGACGUGUGUGCAUCGACGGUAGAGUGGUAGUUGUGGAGGAUAAAGGUUGGAUGAGGGUACGGAAGGAGAGGAGGCGUUUGGUGAACAUUCUUUUACCAGAACCAAUGUAG